AUGAUUGUGAAUUUGGACUCGAACAUGCAUUCGUCGGUCAAAUGUCUAACCAAUGGUCAUUUGCAAGACAUUCUCAAUGGUUAUCAUUCGCAGAAACAUUAUCGUCCCGAGGGGGAAAUCUCAAUGCCACCACCCACAACCGGUUCCACGACCCUGAUCGCGAUCACAGCCGGUGGUGAUAAUGAUGACAUUUCCUUGUGUAUGAGCACAUCGGCUAAUAAUCAUCAUCCCGGACUGACUUCGAACCCGAUCAUCUCAUCAUCUUAUUUCACGCCAGUACCGACAGAUAAUUUCCCUGAACUGGUCAGUACCGCCGUACACGGCAAUCAUUCUCACAAAUCAUCUUCCUCGUCUAAUCCACAUCAACAUCAUAGCCUGUUGCAUUUAUUACCUAUUCAUCCGGAUUCUCCCACACUCUCCAAUCCGAAAUCCGAAAGUAGUGCCAACUUGUCACAUGAUCCACACCAUGACCAUCAUUGUCUGACAAUUUCAUCAGCCACGCAAUCAACAACUCAAUUGGUUACGUCACAUGUGGUUCACAUGUAUCCUUCUCAAUCGGAGAUACCAUCCUCUCUGACUUUGACUGAUCAAUUACAUGAUCAAAACGAUCGGUCAGUAAUGGACUACGAUCGAUCCAGAUCGGCGCCGUCCGAGCAAUACUUUCUUUUAGACAUGCCAGUUUGUAAACUAACCGGUACAGACCGACAUACCCUAGCCGAAUCCGGGCAACAGCAUCCGACAAUUCACACACAUCCCAAUCCGCAUAAUCAUCAUCAUCAUCAUCAUCAUCCUCAUCAACAUCACCAUCAACAUCAUCAUCCGGAACAAGCCUCUGAUUGUAUGAAUCAGACCUCAAACAAUCCGUUCGUUUCGUCUGUUGGUUUGGAACCGGACGAGUUCAAUUGGGAUACGAUUGUUUGA